GAAUUUGUCACAAAAAUGAAAGUAAGUGGAGCAGUGGCAUUCGUGAAAUAAGCUCUUAAAAUUUUGGACAUUGUCUACCAUCACUUCUUUAAAUAGAGCACUCCACUGGUCCGUCCAACCCCCCACUUAGAGAGACACACUGGCACACGAGCACUUGCGAAUUGUGAUCUUUCCACUGCGCGUGUUUCCCUCGUAGCUCACCACCAAUCUGCUCCCAGCUCAGCUCAUCGUCGGACAUGGGAAACUGCCUGGUGAUCCAAGGAAGAAAGGAGAUCAAGGUGAUGAGCGUCGUCGACGGCGAGAACCUCAAGGCGCUCCCGCCACCCCUCUCUAAGGGCGCCCCCGCACGCGUCUCCAGCUCCGAUGCCGACGCCGCACUCCGGGCGCAGAAGCAACACCUCGACGUCCGGGUGGGCAACAUGGGGCAGCUGCAUCGCUUGUUCCCCUCCGAUGUGAAGUUGCCUUCCCCCGCCGCUGACCCUGGCGCCGUCAUGAGGGUGAAGCUGGUCAUCAGCAAGCAGGAGCUCAGGAGGAUGCUGGGCAAGGACGACCAGGCCGUCUCCCUGGAGGACAUGGUGGCUCUCAUGCGAAGAGGAUCAGAAGAUCAGCAGCAGGAGGAGAUCGGUUGCUGUAGAGGGUGGCGGCCUGCCUUGCAUAGCAUACCUGAAGGCAGCGGUGAAUUAUUCUAUUAGCAGAAGAAAUUAACUGGCGAUUUUGGGAGCUUGCUGGAGAAAAUGCAUAUAUGGAUAAUAAGCAUAAGAAAAUAUGCAUGUGUACAUGUAUAUAUUUAUAUAUUCACAUAGGAAAAUAGAGAUCAUAGUUGGUUAGAUUUGUUAGUAGUUUUGAGAUAGGGGUUAUCUUCAGGUUGUCUUGUUAGGUGGGUACAUGCAUCCAUGUAAGACAAGGUGAAGAUAGUCUUGGAAAUCAAACGAGACAAUAUAAACUUAACUAUUGAUGGCA